AUGUCAGAAUCAGAGACUUCGAAGUCAGCGGAGAAAGACACUAUCAUCGACCGCGUGACAGACCUUUUCAGCGAUGAAGUCGCCCAGAAGUUCCAAGGUAAGCUUUAAAAGAAACUUGAAGAAACUUUAACUAGUUUCAGCAGUCCCGUUUAAAAUUAAGCCCUAAGUUACUUCUGAAUGGCCAGCGACUUCCGACUUGUUUUCCUCAAACGUACGUUUGUUUACUUCGACCUCUCAAACAAGCGUAGUAACCUGUCUUUUUAAGAAUAGAUUUUAUCGUAAGACACUCUCUUUGUGCUUUGAGGAUAAUUUAAAAUGUCCAAAGAAUAGUCUUUAAGAUAUAGCUUGUUUGUUUUGAUAUUUGAAGUCCCAGCUCUAAGCUACACUGAAAUGUGUGUGAAAUUCCUCGCACUGCCUUAUUCCCGCAUUCCACCAGCUUUUCCUUUUUAAGACAUGAGUUAUAUAUGGCGGCAAAGUUUCCCUUCUUUAUUUCAUACCUAAACGAGGAAAUAACACACUUCGCAGCUAUUGCGGAUCUACUUAAGAAAGACGCAGAUCCAAACAUCUUUAAAAACCUUGGACUGAAAUACGGAUCAGCUGUGCGAUUUAAGAAAGAGUUCUCAAAUACAGUUGCAGUUCAUGAGCUCAAUUCCACUCCACGGCUAAAACCAACAAUGGGUGAAAUGUCUGGUUUUAAUCCAGAAAUGAAAAGUCUGUACCUGUCAAAGUAUGCUGAUCUUUUAUCGAUAUUUUAAGAUAGCUAAUUCUUAAUAUUCCUUAGAAUAAACUAUUUAUAAUUUAUUCAUACAAGAAUCCGACCUGUAAUUUGUUGCAUUGGACCAGACUGGACUUACAAUGUAUCUGUUCUGUAUUGGUUAUGGGGUGGCAUUUAUUUGAAAUUGCGAUUAACUAAAGACCGAGACUGAAAAAGAGAGAUUUAGGAUAUGAAACAGAAAUAAGUGUGAUUGAAUAAUAUUGUCAAAUACAAGGUGGUAAAUUUAUAUAUCAGAAAGCCCUCUUCAAAGUUUUUUGUGGCUUAUAACAAUUAUAAAUAAUAUUACUCCCAUAUGCUGGGGUUUUACUGAAGGAACAGAGGUUCAUGAGAUGGUGAAAUACAAUAACUUGAGUCUUUUUUAUGGUUAAUGUGAUCAGUAGCUUAAAAUCUUUGCCACGCAGACAUAGAAAAGUUGGCUUGCUUGCAACUCAACACUGGGGAGUAGGAAACUUUCCAAAAUUUAACACUCCAGAAAUGAAGGCUCAGUUGAAGAAGUUUGCCAUAGAUAUUGUGCCAGAAUGCUCAAUUCCAGAAAUUGAAUUUACUUGUGAGGGGAUAUGCCAACAUAUACAGAAUUAUUUCAAUGAGCAGUGUCGUUAUAGGAAACGUAAUGGACAACAGGUAUGGUUAUGGUCAUAUUUUCAUAUAUAUUAAUUUUUUUUUAAGGAAAAGAGGGUAAUAUAGGAUUUAGUUCAAUUUUUCCAGGCCCAGUUACAGAAUAUUACUUGCUCCACAAGUACAUUCAGGAGCAAUUCUUUUAGGUGGAUGGCCAGAGUACAGUAUACUCUGAACAGCUGUGAAAUUACUACUUUGCACAUCAAUCAUCUGCUGCUAAAUGGGUCCUCUUUAAUUAGCACCUUUGUUACUGUUUGCAACAGUUAGUGAUUUAUACAUACAUGAACACCAAAUUAUUUAACACCACAUUAUUUUAGAAGUGUUUGGGUUGCCUAUACUGCUAUACAGUGCACAUGGUCAUUGCGAGGUAUAUAUUUGCAUCUAAUCAUGAUUUAUUCUCUCUGAUUGGAAGGAUGGCCAAGUUUCUGAUGCUGAAAGUUUAAAGUCUGAGAGUUCAAAGUCUGACAUUGAAAGUUCACAGCCUGCAGAAAGCUGUUCAAAGGUUCUAUUUUUCAUUCAUUUUCUAAUUUUUUUUUUACUUUUUCCCCUUUUUUUCUGUGUUUGAAGCAGUCCUUAAGUCUGGUUCACCUAGUUAUGGGAAAUAUUGGAAAUUAAAAUUUCAUUUGAGGGACUUCAAAAGUCAUAGUAGCUUAGAUUUUUUAGUUAAUGGUUUAAAAAAAAUUGAGGACAUUUGUGUAAAGCAUCAAAACACUGUGGGUUGGUACUCCAGUGGGUCUGUAACAUCUUUAAAUUUUGAGAUUAAGGGUUUGAGUAAAAGUCAUGGACCCUUGUUUAGAUCAACCUCCAAAGCAAUUAUCCUUCAGAGAAACUAAAUGUGUUUAGUUGGUGUGAAUGCAGCAUUAGUAAGUUUUGUAGGAAUUCUGUUGCAGCUAGCCUGAAGAAGGUGGCAAUACAAAUUGGGUGUAACAUUUUAUUUCUUGUAGCCAGUAUCUCAAUAUGUGAAAAGAAAGACAUCUUCAACUUCAGGAAGUUGUGGUAAAAAAUUUAGAGCAACUUUGGAAGAAACACCACCUGAACAGGUAGGUGUUUCUCAACACAUGUUUAGUCCUUAUUAACCUGGAAUGCAUAUUCUCAACACUGUUCUCCAUACAUUUCCCAUGGUGCUGCUGAGGAAAAUUUGUUUAGCAAGACCUUUUACAACUUUCGAUCAUUCCCUUUUUUCCUCACAACUUUGAUGUUUGAUUCUCUGGAGAAAAGUUUUGGCCAUUUUCACUCCUAUGGGUUGAAGAGUUAAUAUUUCAGUCACACAUAUUGUAGCACCCUUUGACAAAGUGGUUUUUUAAUAAGUUCAAUGUCAAGGCCUCGUGUACUCAGCUGCAACAACGGUUAAGAAAAAAAUAUAGGUAGCAGACUCUAAUGAUAGCCCUGAUCACCUUACUUCAGUAUCAGUAUGUUAAGUUUCAAAAGUGGUUGAGCCAGAUCAGUUGCCAUGGUGAUUGAAACCAUAAAUGUCAUUGGUUGACAGUCACUGUUUCCAACAUGAUUGAGUACUCUAAUAACUCUAUUUUUAUUUAUUUACCGUUCUUAGGAUAGUGUUGCACAAAAUUUUUCAGACAGUGGAGAAUCAUUAUCAACUCUCUCUCCUUAUGAUAGUAGUGACUCCAUUGAGUCUCCGAGGACCCGUAUAUUUUGUAUUGCGGGAAGUCCUGCAUCAGAAGUUAAAGUCCCUUUCACAAUAGUGUCCUCACAAGUUGUGAUUAAAGUAGUUUUUGGAGAAGUUUUGACAAGGGAUGAAGCUGUUGGGAUUGUGAAAUCAAAGUUUUCUGUCAAACAAAAUAACUUGAAAAAUCUUACCCCUAGCCAAGUGAUGUCAGUUUUAGUUAAGAAACUUGAUAAGCACAAAUAUGUGACUCUUAAGGAAAAUGUGAGCUCUCUGUCUGAUGUUACUGUUCAUAAAAAAAUAGCUGUUUAA